AUGACAAGCCUGUCGUUAUCGCUGAUCCUGGCUGUUGCGCAGGAACUUCUAUGCCAGGCGUCACCUGCGUACCCGAUGCUGGAAGUGAAGGAUGUUAAGGAGUAUGCAAAGAGUGAGGACCUGCAUUUAAACGCAAUGCAUGAGAGGGAUGCUGAUGAUGAGGAAAGUACCAGUAAUGGCGAGGGGGAAUUUAAGGAGCUUCUGGCCCCCGCAAGCUGGGAAAGCUACAACAAAUACAGAAGUUCAAGGAGCUAUGAGGAGCGCGUAAGGUUAUGCGUUCGUCUUCAUGGUUCGUCAACCAGCUGGUGGUUUAUGAAAUGUAUGGGUAUUAAAUGA